AUGGCUCACCAGUUUCCUAAACGCAUUCUUCAAGAAAGAGCUGAGACGCAGAUUGAUAAGAUUAACAACACAUGUAGAUGGACGCUUCUGAAGGCGGUAAAGGUUGCUCUGAAAGAUGAGUAUGAGGAAGUUUUGAAAGACCUUGUCUUCGGGCCUCUUCUUGCGAUCAUAGAGAACAACCUCAUCUACUCAGGGAAGAUUAUUCACAGCUUCAUGUGCAAGCAGCUCAGGGUUUCCAAGAUUCACGAGCUGUGGUUUCUUUUUGCGAAGAGGCCUCUUAGGUUUUCUAUGCAAGAAUUUUAUGAUGUGACUGGAUUGAAGUACAAAGAGGAACCCGACGUAGACUUCAUUAACUGGAAGAAUGAUAAGGGAUUCUGGAGCAAUGCGCUGAAGACCAAUGCGAAGAUCAACUUAUAUACUAUAAGGGAUGAGCUCCUUAAAGUGUGUAACGAGUGGUCGUAUGUGGACAGAGUGAGGUUAGUGUAUCUGUCUAUUAUACAAUCAUUCCUCAUGGCUAAGGAUUGGAAAGUGUAUAUCCCUCAAGAAUACAUCCGUUUGGUGAUGGAUUUUGAGAAAUUGAGGAUGUAUCCUUGGGGUCUUCGCGCUUAUGAUGAGCUGAUUGCAUCAAUACUCAGAGCAAAAGAAGAUGUGCAUACGAAGAACAGCUACGUGUUGAAUGGAUUCUCAUAUGCGUUUCAUAUAUGGAUUAUGGAGGGAGAGGCGUUCACAUUUAUAUCAUCUACUGGUGAUUUCGAUGUGAUUGAUAAUACUGAGUUCUUUAGGAAAGAUGAAAAGGACGAAAGAGUUGGUCGUAUUGUUGAAUUGAUCAAUGCCAAACAAGACUGGACGCAUUUCGAUUGGGAAGUUGAGUCUUUGCCUGCACAUAUGGACCUUUCUGAUUCAGAACAAGAUGAACCGGCUGAUGUUGCAGAGGAACCGUCUGAUGUUGCAGAGGAACCAACUGUUGUUGCAGGGGAACCGGCUGUUGCUGCGAAAAGAGGCAAGCGCAAGCUAAUUGAUCCUGGUGCCGAGUCUCGAAAGAAACAACUGCUUUGUCAACGUGCGGCUGAACACAACAGUGGUGUCCCUAGUGAAAUGAAGACCUUCAUUGAAGGUUUGUUCACCGCUUCUUUCAACUCUUUUAAGGAAGUGGUGCAGAAGGACAUCCAUGAGCGUUUUGACAACGUUGCCAAUGAGGUGGCUCAACUCAAGGAACAAGUCUCUCAGAUUAAGGGUCUAUCGGAUACAGUGGGAAAAGACAACGCAUCUGAGAUUUUGUCUCCUUCAGCAACACUUGGGAAAGACCAAGGACCAUCAUCUCAUAGUACGGGUCCUCCGGCAGCAAAGGGAAAAGGCAAGGCAUCAGCAAAUAUGGAUCCUCUUCCGGUUUGUCGUAGCCCUCGGCCAGUAAGAGAGGUAACCAAAAAAUGA